AUGGCAGCGUACAAUCGGAACACGGGAAAUCUGUUGGGUCAACGGGACGAUGACAGUGAAGAGUCUCUGGAGUUUUGUCCAUCGAAGUUGUCUUCCAAGAUCAGUAAAGAGAAUGACAAGUUCAAGCAGCAGGAGAAGAAGGAGUUGAAGGCGAAAGAGAAGAAGAUUCGUUCCAAGAUGCAAAUGCUUCGCGCCAAGCAAGAAGACAAAAAGUACAAGAAGCGCGAAGAGAUGGAGAAUUCCAUCACCAAGGAGAUUGCGCUCUACAACGACUCCAAGGGAGACUUGACAAACUCCAAGAGUCAACUGGAAAUCUCGGCGGUGCUCAUUGACGAGAGUGCGAAUCUCAUGGAGGAAGUCCAGGAGUUGACCACCAUUACCAACGUUGAUUUGUCCAAAGUAGACGACGAGAGUUUCGCCUCGCAAAUGGCAUCCAUCAAAGCCAAGAAAGCAAAGGCAGAAAAGAAAGAGAAAGCUGGAUUUCUCGCUUUGAAGAAGAAAAAAGAGGAGAAAAAGAGAAAAAAAGCAGAGAAGGAGAAGGAAAAGAAAAAGUCAUCAAAGGAAAAAGACAAGGACAAAUCAAAGGAAAAGGAAAAGGAAAAGAAAAAAUCAAAAGAAGACGACAAGAAAAAGCCUAAAGAAGAAAAGGAAAAGGACAAGCCAAAGGAAGAAGAAAAGGACAAGAAAAAGUCAAAGGAAGACAAGGACAAGAAACGGAGACAAUCCAAAAUAGAAAAGGACAAAGAAAAAAAGGAAAAGGAAGACCGCAGAAAGUCAGAAAAAGAGCGGAAAGCCAAACUCAGAGACGAUGCCAAAAAGAACUUUAAGGAACGCGAGAAAGAACACAAAGAGCGGCUCAAGAAAAAGAAAGAACAGCAAAAGGCAGAAAAAGAAGAAAAGGCGGCCAAGAAACGAGUCGAAAAGGAAAAGGCAAGGCUGGAGGCACUCAUGCAAAACGGUGGCGAUUAUGAGGAUGAAUCAGAAGUCCCGAGUAUCGAUGGGAGCAGUCGGUCGCUCGGAGGAUCCUCUCAUCAUCGUGCCAUCCGUGGGGCGCUGGGCAUUUUCAUGCCUUCGGCUAUAAGACGGGACUCGGGAUCACAAAGGAAGGAGAGCAUUCGAACAGCCAAGGGAAUCAAACCGCGCACCGACAUGAUGGCUCUCUGGGGAAUCGAUAGCUCCCACCACAAGAACAGUUAA